AGAAAUAAUAGAGAGAGGACUAAAAGUAUGUCUCUUGACUCUUCCGUAUAAAUAACGCAUAUGAGCCACUAAAAGAGUUCCACAACAAAAUAUUGUUACGGGAAAAAGGAAAAAAAUAAACAAAAAUGAAUGAAGAGAGAACCAAAAAGUCGAAGAAGAAAAGUCUCAUGAACUUCUACAAAUUCUCCAUCACAACUUCGAAGCAUUCACUCAUAAACCCUAAAUCCAAACCAAAGAUCCCGAUCCGACCAUCGAUACCUCAAGUCGAAGUAGAAGCAAAACCAAUCGUCCAGUCGCACAAAACACAAAACCAUGUGAUGAGAGACAUCUUCGAGUUGGAGACUUGUAGUAGUAGAAAUAACGAAAGAAAGAGAGACGGUGGUGGUGGUGCGGCGGAGGAGGGGAGGAAAUCGGUGUCUCACGUGGAGAAGGAUACGGCGGCGAGGAUAGCUGCAGCAGCGGAGAUGUUGACGGUGAGGAUACUAGCUGCGGACAUGCCGGGGUUUAUGCAGGCACAUGCGUUUAGGUGUGCGAGAAUGACUUUAGAUAGUUUGGAGAAGUUUAGUUCGAAGCACAUGGCUUUCAAUCUCAAGAAGAAAACAAUUAAUUUAUUGGUUUUUUGGAUCUACAAAAAUAAAAUGGAUGGAAGAGUGAAUAGAUUAAGAGAAUUAAAUAAGAAAACAGAGUGAUGGGGAAAUGGUCCAGCUAAUGUAUGAAAAGGGCAUCAAGGGGAAUGACCCAACAGAGCCAUGUGGUCCUCUUCCAAACUCUUAUCCCUUUUUCUAACUUAUUUUCUGGAUCCCUCUUUUGUCUCUCUCUCUCAAUCUUCACGUUAAGGAUUGACUACUAUAAAGAUCAUUUCGAGAAAUAUUGUGUAGAGAGACAUUUGGUAAAACAAGUCUGACAUUCUGAUGACAUAGUUGAAAUUUUAACCAGAUCCAUUUUCUUGUAAAAAGGAUCCAAAUUUUCAAUUAUUUAUUUCAGUUUUGUUCACUUGCGUAAGGGAUUUAUAUUGAUGUAAGUGAGAUAUUGUAAAA